GAGGUGUCGUAGAAGAGGAGCAAGGAAAGGAUGGUAAAGCUGGGGAUGUCGAGGUAGAAGAGCAAGAUGAAGAAAGAAAUGCUAGAGGUGUCGUAGAAGAGGAGCAAGGAAAGGAUGGUAAAGCUGGGGAUGUCGAGGUAGAAGAGCAAGAUGAAGAAAGAAAUGCUAGAGGUGUCGUAGAAGAGGAGCAAGGAAAGGAUGGUAAAGCUGGGGAUGUCGAGGUAGAAGAGCAAGAUGAAGAAAGAAAUGCUAGAGGUGUCGUAGAAGAGGAGCAAGGAAAGGAUGGUAAAGCUGGGGAUGUCGAGGUAGAAGAGCAAGAUGAAGAAAGAAAUGCUAGAGGUGUCGUAGAAGAGGAGCAAGGAAAGGAUGGUAAAGCUGGGGAUGUCGAGGUAGAAGAGCAAGAUGAAGAAAGAAAUGCUAGAGGUGUCGUAGAAGAGGGUCAAAAUAAAGAUGGAAAUGCGGGAGGUGUCGAGGUAGAGGAUCGAGAUAGAGAUGAAAAUGCUCUAGGUAUCGAUCAGGAGAGUCAAAACGAAGAUAGAAAUAAGGGAGGUGUCCAGAGUCCAGCUACGGAUGGGGAAGCUAGGGAGCGCGAGGUAAGGGAUGGAGAUGAGGAUGAAAAUACUGGAGGUGUCGACGUGGAGGCUCAAGAUAAAGAUAGAAAUGCGGAAAGUGUCGAAUCAGAGAAUGAAGAUGAAGAUGAAAAUGGCAAUUGCUAUAGUGCAUGGGGAGAUGGCGACAGCAAUGAAGAAAAGAAGGACAUAGGCACCAAUAAGGCUGAAAUUGACGUGAGGACAUAUGAAGAAGCAACAGACUUCAAAGAAGAAAAAAUAGAAAAGACCAUACAUGAAGAUGAAUCGGGAAUUGAUCUGAUUAAUACAGAGGCAGAAAGGGAUAUAGUUGAAUAUGAAGUAAGAAUGGACAUCCGUAAAAACAAAACAGAAAAUGCAGGGGCAGACAUAGACAUGGUAGAUACAGGAAGAGGCAUAGACGAAACUAAAAAACAAGAAAAGGACAUGGGUAACGGAGAGAGAGGUCCAAAAGCAGUAACAAAGGCUAUAGAUAUAGACACACCAAAACCAAACACAUAUGCAAAUGUUGGAAUAAAAUAUGUAGACAUGGUUGAUAUUGGUAGUGAUGUAAGCAUGGAUAAAACAGUAAGAGAUAUUGAAAUAGAAUAUGUAGAAACAGGUUCAAGUAAUAUAGAUGAUUUCAUUACUGCAAGUGACAUAGAUACAGACUUUGAAGAACAAGAUACAGAUACAAACACAGACACAUACGUUGCAGGAAUAGACAUAGACAUAGAUGCAGAUGAUGCAAGGCAAGACGAGGAAACUGAAGCAGAAAUACACAGGACUGACGUUGAUCCAGGUACAGAUAGUACAACAAGAGACAUAGAUGGAUAUGAUACAAGUGAGAAAUGUGACACAGAUGAUAAAGGAACUGAUACAAAUAUAAGUAGAACAGAGAAGGAAACAUCAAAUGACGAAGGAGAGAGUUAUAUAUUGAUUAAGAAUUCAGAGAGGGAUGAAGUUGUGAAAGAAGUAGAAGACAAGGUAGAUGCAGGGAUAGCUAUUUAUGAGAAUGGUCUUGAUAAAAGAAGAGACACAGAGACACAAGGUGAGGGAAUGGAUUCAAAUAUAUGUAAAACAGAAAAGGAAGCGUCAACUGGUAAAGAAGAGAGAUGUGUAUGGAUUAAGGACUCAGAAAAGGAUAUAGAUAUAAAAGAAGUGGACGAUAUUGUAGACGCAGGAAUAAAUACUCAUGGUACAAGUAUUGAUAAAGGAAGUGGUGUUGAAAGAACAGAAACAAAUAUAUGUGAAACAGGUAACGAAAAUCUUAUUGAUACCGAAGAUAGAUGUUUAUCGACUGAGGAUCAUGUGAAAGAUGAAGAUUUAAAAGAAGUGGAUAGCAUGGUACACACAGGACUAGAUAUUCAAGACACAGGUGGAGCGAAGCGAGAAGCUGUGAGAGAAGCAGUUAACACAGUUACAGAAGCAGUAACAGAAGCUGUCACGGAGGUCGUAAAGUCUGUCAUGCCUGUCAGGGACAUAAAGAGCAUUGAAUGUGACAUAGCGGCACCCACUCAAGAAGCUAUGAAAGAGGCGAUGAAUAUAGCUGCAGCACCUGCCUUCCCAGCCCCGUUGAUUAGGGAAUCAUACCUGCAGGAUGAGGACCUUGGAGGAGAAUGUACAGAAGUUCCUCCAGAGAAAGGACAUCUCCUAUCUAAGAGCGCAGCUGACUUUAUAGAUAAGAUAAAGAACUACAUGAAGGAUCAAGAAAGUGAUGAUACGCCCCAUGUAACCACCGUCGCUGCUGAAGAUGCGGAUGAUGGCAGUGCCUUAAUGCGGCUUGUCAAGGUUGUCGUGGAGGAAGCUGCAGCGGUCUUGAGAACCGUCUUGUCUUGGGUUUUCCCGGAUAAGAUGCCCUUGCAGCGGUAUGAUCAAUACCUUCUCAGGGACAAAAAGAUGAGCCGUGCCUCUUUCCGCAGCGUCUUCAGCAAGAGCCACCAGGAGAGGCUUCAGAUGGAUCCUUCAGGAGCCACUUUCGACCUCUUCCUCUUAUGUCUCCUUCUGGAACAUGGCACCGAUAAACUAGCUCCCUCUGGGGACGAGUUCUGGGCUCAACCUGGGGAUCACCUCGAAUUCCAACUGACAUCCUUGAGGGAGUUCCGGGCGAGCGUAUUCCGCGGAGGCUUCGUCACCCAGAAAAAUCUCAUUGAAAAAACAAAAUCAGCAGAGGAGACGCUGACGAAGAUUCUCAAAAGUGCAGGAAACAUGAGUGUUAUCGAGUAUGAAGUGAUCACUCAGAAGAUUCAGGAGAUGACUGAAAACAUUGCGAGUGCUAAGAGUAAUGCAAAUGUUCAGUGGAACGUUAGCAGCUAUGGCAAGACAAUUCUGAAUGAGGAGAAGGCACAGUUGUUGGUCCUCCUGGGUUCACCACAGCUCAGGCGUUCAUAUGACAAUAUGACAUGUCAAGGACUAGUGCCAGUCAAGAAUAUUAAUCAACAUCUACAGCUCGAAGCGAUUUUCAUGGAGGUAGACAUUGCUGAAGUUACAAUUGAUGGAAACUCCAAUAACGUAGAUUAUGAUGAUCUAUUUAAUAUUCCUCCUACACAGCAACAUGGCACGGACAGACUAACCUCUUCACAAGCGGUUCUCCUAGAAGGCCCCUCAGGCUUUGGGAAAACUACCCUCUCCAAAAAGCUGAUGCUAGACUGGUCAAAGAAAAUUAAUUUUCCCAGAGGAUUGGAUAACUUUGAGCUUCUCAUACACGUUGAUUGCAGGAAUCCUCAUAUAAAAUCCUUCAGUGAACUGUUAAAAGCACUGAUGCCCGAUGCAAGGAAAUUGUUUACAGAUGACGACGUGGUUCAGUGCCUGUGGGAUAUAAAGACCCUCGUACUUGUGGAUAGCUUGGACGACUUGAACAUGUCUUCCCUUCAGGUCGUUCGAGAGAUGAUCACGGCAACGAAAUCAACGAGCAACAUGACAGUUUGGGUCAUGUCAUCUCCUGAGGCCGCCGAGGACUUCCAUAAGAUCGUGCUCAGUGGUCUGUCUACCUCACGCUUGAGUAUCAUCGGUGUCCCCAAAGACAGGCGAGGAGAAAUGGCAGUCAAACUAUAUAAAAACCUCGUUCAACCGGACUGCGACAGCCAAGAGUCAAGUGGUUUAGAAGCCUUUAUCAAUGCUACUCCAAGACUGCUUGAGGAAUACUGGCGGUGUCCCCUUAAUCUAGUAUUGGUUGCCUCACUCUGGGCCGCGUCUCCUGAGAGUGUUAAGGGCCUCAGAUCAGCUACAGAUCUAUUGUUGCAAACUGAUAAGUUAUGUCAGAGGGAUCUUUUGGCGAUCUUGAGCAAAAACCCAAAUACCCGGCAUUUCGAUGUGUCAGAGCUAAAGGACAAAAUGAAGGUCCUUUUCUUCUGGCUCUGCAACGAGGCUUUGUUCGCCAUAAAGAGAAAUAGCAGCAUUUUAGCUGAAGAAUCCAUAAAGCGACUAAAACAUGCUUGUCACUCUGUUGGUUUUCCUAGUCAUGUCGUAAUGGCCAACUUCCUUAACAAAGAUACUGUCUUGACAGCCUCUGGGAAACAGGAUGUGUACAGGUUUACACAUAAGAGGUUACAAGAAUUCUAUGCAGCUGUGGCUAUAGUCAGUAGGCUUUCGGAGAAGGAGAACGACGUGGAUCUUACAAAGGUGCUCUUCGACCUUCAGACUGUCCUCUCUAGCCACAACAUCUCAACAGUUCGAGCCCAAGAGGUUCUAAGACACGCCCACGGUGUCCUAAGCGAUACAAGGGAACACAGGAAGAAAGGCCUCUUCGGAAAAAUCAACACGGUGUUCUCGUCCCCCAAAGAAUCAGCAGUGGUGACCAUUCUGAGGGAAGGAAGUCACCAUCCACCCACGCUACCGAUCUGGAGAUUCCAAAACGUCUUUGCCAUCUUACUAAGCUUCGUGUCCGUCCUCGGAGAAGACAUCAGGCAGGACACAGCUCGAGAACUGGUAUUGCUUCUGGAGCGAACAGGACUGAGAGACAGGGAAUCGUGGCUCGACGUUCUCAUGAACGCGGGAUGUGAUCCGCACGUCGCAAGGGAGAUGGCCCGCUGUAUCCCUGACGCGCUGGACUUAGACGGCGAAAUCACUGUAAGGGACAGCCGGGUACCCGCCUACGCUGUGCUCUUGAAAUACGCUCGACCCUCUAGAGUGACAGUGAACAUCUCUUGCGAUCCAGGGGUGAUUCCGAGCUGCCUGGACCUUCUGAUGUCACUCAGCCAACGUCCGUGCGAAGUCCAGCUGCUGCUCAAGCAUGACUUCUUGCAUCCGAAGGUCAUCUCGAAUGCUUAUAAUGUGACGCUGCAUCAUGUCUUCCAGUGGUGUCGAGUCUCAAGAUUCGAGGGCCAAGUCACUCCCACAACAGCUUUGGUCCUCCCCGUCUCCCUCACCCACGUCUCGAUUUCUCUGCUGGACGCCGCCCACUACUGCUCUCUCGCGCCCAUCCUUGACACUCUCCCAACCAGGCUGCCGGCGCUCAACACUCUGGACAUUCUUGUAGGCGAGGACAUGGUACCUGAGGCACUGCACGCCCUUCCCAUGGUGCGGGCGGUCCACCUCUACCUCGCGGGCGUAAGCAGGUCUACCCUCGCGUGGGCGUGCGAAUGCGCUCGCCAGCUGGAGCCUGAGAACGGGUUAGUGAGAGAGAGAGAGAGAGAGAGAGA